AUGAAAGUCUUGGUUUUCUCGAUCUUUAGUCUUUCUGCGGCCUUGCCAGCAUCAGCUGGUACCCCCAAGUACGACGAGGACCUCGGCUGCUGGCCAAUCAGCGUCGAGCGUGACGCCACCUACUGCAUCGACGGGCCCGUCUGCAGCGGCGAAGGCUCGUCGCCUGCCGGAUCCUCGUGCCCUGCCAAAGGUGAUGUGGCGAUCGCCGACUGUGACUCGAAUGUCACUCGCGACAGUGUCGGCGACUACUGCGAGCUGUCAGUCGACACCGUCUGUGAGGUCAUUCACACGGGGGCCUGGGGAUGCGUCAUCCCAACAAACGACCACGCCGACGCUUCUAAACAUAACCGUCCGCACCACCGUAACUCGUACGACCGUAACUCGCACGACCGUAACUCGCACCGCGGUGCCCAUCACCACGGUAACUCCCACGACGGUAACUUCAAAGACCGACACUCCCACCAUGGCGAUGACUCCCACUACGGUAGUCAGAACCAAGACUCGUCCUACUAUAACAGCGACAGUGGUAGCUACAACAGCGGCAGCUACGAAGGUGAUGACAACCACAGCAACUGCCACCACAUGAGCGAUCGACAAAACAGCGACAGCUAUGGAGAGGGCAAGUACAACAGCGGUAACCACAUGAGCGACCACCACCACAUCAGCAACAACCACAACGAUAGCAACAACCGCAACUACAACAGCAACAACCACAACAGCAACAGCUACGGAGAGAACGAGUCCGCCAAUCACGACGGCAAGAAUGACAACACCAACGAUGACAAGAACAGCAACAACGACAAGAACGACGACGACACCGAGGACAACAACAGAUACGAAGGUGGCCACCGCACCAGCGAUUACCACAAGAGCGGUGGAUAUGGAGAAGCUAGCUACAACGGCGGCCACCACAACAGUGGUAGCUACGAGAAGUGGUAG